AUGGGGAGUAGAGUGAUGUUUUGGUUUCUUGUUUCGUUGUAUCUAUGCCUCAUCGGCCAUAUGAUUGGUGAGGCUGCAAGAGAAGGUGCGUUCAUGAAGAGUGAAGCAGCAUCCAGUGAGAUCGGAAAGAGUAACCGACACGUAACCGGAUUUAGGGGUGAACUCACAGCUGGCGGCUAUGGCGGCGGAGGCCCGGGAUAUGGUGGUGGAUACGGGCCAGGUGGUGGUGGUGGGUAUGGUUCCGGUGGUGGUGGUGUUGUCAUUGGUGGUGGUGGUGGUGGUGGUUUUGGUUGGGAUGGAAGCAACGGAGGAGGCGGUCCUGGAUACGGGUCAGGUGGUAUUGGUGGUGGAGUCAUCAUUGGUGGUGGUGGCGGUGGGUGUGGUGGCUCAUGCGGUGGUGGUGGUGGAGGAUAUGGACACGGCCGAGCCAACAUGAAGGAAUCAGGCAAAAACUAG